AUGUGCCUGGGGAAGAUGAAGACCUGCCUGCUGCCCGGGGUGGCCCUCUGCCUCUUGCUGGUGCCUCUGGUGGGGGCCAAGCCUGUGCAGGAUGAGGGAGACCCAUAUGCCGAGCUGCCGGCCAUGCCCUACUGGCCCUUCUCCACCUCUGACUUCUGGAACUACGUGCAGUACUUCCAGACGCUGGGGGCCUACCCCCAGAUCGAGGACAUGGCCCGCACCUUCUUUGCUCACUUCCCCCUGGGAACCACCCUGGGCUUCCACGUCCCUUAUCAGGAGGAGUGA